GUGUUGGAAAUAUAUAUUGAGCAAUCAUUAGGCAAUAAACACACGUUUCCUCUUCACUGUGUUCUUCAAUCUUUACUCUCUGAAAUUCUCCGUCUAAGGGGCUUCUCAGCUUUCUCUCCUCGAAGAAGCUGCUUCUUAGGUUUUCAAGCAAACCCUAAAUUUCCGACGACCAUUUGCGAUGGCGGUGAUCAAUAAUUUAGGGUGACUCACAAGCUCGGAAAUCCUGGAUCCGCCGCUGUUCCGCCAUUUAAAUCUUUGACACCUUCCAUAAAACCUCCAUUAUUUUUUAGGGAAGAACACUAGUUAUGAGAAUUUUACGAAAUCUGAGAUUAGCUCAUCAAUCUUUCGUUGUCCUAAAUUCAAACCCUUUGCGCAAUCGAUGCAUGUAUUUUCGAUCGCUAGUCUCAUCUUCAUCUAAUUUCCAUGUUUCUGAUUCUUCAUACACUUCCAAUUUCGCUAAUUUCAGAAAUUCACCUAACAAUUAUUUGAAUUCCAAGCCAUGGGGGCCAUUUCUAGGUCAAAGGAGGACAAUGUUUAUUCAAACACAGCCGACUCCGAAUCCGGCAUCCUUGAUGUUUUAUCCGGGCAAGCCAGUAAUGGAAAUCGGGAGUUCGGACUUUCCGAAUGCUCGUACUGCCAUGAAUUCACCUUUAGCAAAAGCACUUUUUGGGAUUGAUGGAGUUACACGAGUCUUCUUUGGAUCAGACUUCGUAACAGUAACAAAGUCUGAUGAAGUUACAUGGGAUAUUCUGAAACCGGAGAUUUUUGCUUCAAUCAUGGAUUUCUAUACAUCUGGUCAGCCAUUAUUUCUGGAUGAAAGCACUGCAGCUUCCAAGGACACAGCUAUCCAUGAAGAUGAUUCAGAAAUUGUUGCUAUGAUAAAAGAGCUAUUGGAGACUCGCAUACGGCCUGCAGUGCAGGAUGAUGGUGGUGACAUUGUGUAUAGAGGAUUUGAUCCGGAAACUGGAAUAGUCAAACUGCAGAUGCAGGGAGCAUGCAGUGGCUGUCCUAGUUCAUCUGUGACUUUAAAAUCUGGCAUUGAGAACAUGCUAAUGCACUAUGUGCCUGAGGUGAAGGGGGUGGAACAAGAGUUGGAUGCUGAGGAAGAAGAGGCUGUUGCAUUGGAAUAGAGCUUCUUGAUAUUUCAUUUAUCCGAACUCUUGAAACGAUGAGGAUUGAGGGUCAAUGGAUUUGUAUCAAUGUGUAAACGAGGGAUAUCUUUUCUGUUGAUUGAGUUCAAAAGUUACACAGGUAGUAUAUAACUAUAUAUAUCUCUAUAUGUCAAGUAGUCUCCCUCUUUUUUUUGGGUCAGCUUUUCAUAAUAAAAUUUGAGAACAUGCACGUCAUACAUUUUUGUUCAAAUAAUUACUGGUCUCUUUCUUGACCUUCAUUGUUCGGGUAGUUCUGCUGUUUCAGGUUAUACAGUUGAUUAUGAUAAGAUGAUAUUUUUUUUUUUUUUUUUUUUUUUUUCAUGUACUGUAAUACUUUAGGUGGUCGUGUAAAAAAAUCGAAAAUAUGUAAAAACUAAAUAGACAAAACUGCCUCAGUUGAGAUAAUCCUACCCGAACUUGUAUUGGACUUAAUUUUGAAUGAAAUUGAUAUUGGCUUAA